CGGAUAUCACUUUAAACAUGGCCGACGAUCAGGAGUUCGACUACAUGUUCAAGCUGCUGAUCAUUGGAAACUCGGGCGUCGGCAAGACAUCGUUCCUCUUCCGCUAUUGCGACAGCUCGUUUACCGGAAACUACCAGACAACGGUCGGAAUCGACUUCAAAGUGAAGACAGUUGUGAGGAACGAUAGACUCUUCAAGCUGCAGAUAUGGGACACUGCAGGACAGGAGCGAUAUCGUACGAUUACGACCGCCUACUAUCGUGGCGCUAUGGGCUUCGUACUGAUGUAUGACAUCACCAAGACCGAAUCGUUUGUUGCAGUUCAAGAUUGGUCGACGCAAGUGAAGUCAUAUUCAUGGGACAACGCACAAGUCGUUCUCGUUGGCAACAAGUGCGACCUCGAAAAGAAACGAGCCAUAACUCGAGAACAAGGCGAGCAACUAGCCAACCAACUCGGUUUCCCAUUCUUUGAAACGAGCGCAAGACUUGGCGACAACGUCAGCGAAACGUUUAAUAAAUUAGUGGAUUUGAUCUGUGAGGCGAUGUCAAAGAGUCUAGACAGCGGCGAUCCAACUAUACCGAGACAGUCAGUUGAGGGCGACAUGUUGACCGAGACGCCGCCCCAGGCUGCAGAGAGUGGAUGCAAAUGCUGACGAGGUCAUGAUGUUGACGUACGUGUGUGGGUACAGAGUGACUGGUAUAGUGAGAUGUGAUGAUUAAUUCUUGAAUACGAUUGGACGUGUAUUGGUAAGGGGGGGAGAAAAAUUUGAUUGUUAUAUUGCUGCUUGUAGAGUAGUUGAGGUAUGAUGUUCGUAGUAGAAUUGUUGAUUAAUUAUCAGACGUAGGAA